CUUUUACAAGCCGGGCAGGCCACUGCUCUUUCAAAGGAGGAGGGAGGCAGAGGGCUGAUGGAUGAGUGAAUUGGCAGCUGACACCCGGUCUUCAGACUUAUGGGAUCAUUCUGUGCUGCAGCGAGGCCCUGCCGGCCUAAACAGAUAGGAUGAGCCCAUCCUAUCUCACUCGGAGAGGGUCAAAACCCGAUCUCAACGGGAGACCAGAGAACACAGCAGGCGUCCUGAAGAUCCCCCUCCCUCGGUGGAAGUCCCCUCAAGCAGGUCCUGAGGACAAGACCCCUGGGGGUUUGGGCCUGAGACAGGACGAGACACCCGCGGCCCCGUAUCCCACGCCGCCCCAAAGAGGACCCAGGAUCCAGCCGCCGCCUCAGCAGCAGCAGGAGCAUCGCAGAAGCCGCGCGGCGGUGGCGAUAUUUAAAGGGGACGCAGCCUAUCUGUCAGGAGUGGAGCCCGAAUCGGCUCAGCCAAUGCGCAUGCGCGAGGCGCGAGCGGUUUCUCCCGUCACAGUGGUUCCCUCGGUUGUCUUAGAAACCAGGCCCCAAGGCUUGGCAGAGCAGGACCCCUCUGUGGCAUUGUUUGGGUGUCCAGGCUCUGAGCCUAAGGCCUCACCUCUCCCCGGGUCGAAGGGAACGUCUCCAGAUGCCAGGAGUCGCAAUGAGCCGACCAUGAUGAUGAAACCCCAGGCGGAGACAGGGGAAGCAGCACGGGAUCCCAGCCUCAGGGCUUCACGGACGGUGUUGGUUGGGGUGAGUCUCCUCAAAAGUCGUGCCUCCAUCCGUGAUCUCGAGGACGGGUCGGCAUGCAUGCCCCUGGGCUGCUCUCUCACUCGAGGGCCGUUCUCCUCCAGAGCAGGACCCCGCAGCCUCAGGGGUUGCCUGGGGGUGUGUGUUUCAAUGCCUCUGCUGUAUGACUCUAUGUGUGUUUGUGUGCGUGUGUACGUGUGUGUGUGUGUGUCUCCGUCUGUGUGUGUGUCUCCCAUUUUCUCUUCUCUCUCUGUCUCUCAGUCUGUGUGUUUCUUUCCCACUCUCUGUGGGUUUGUGCCAGCCGAAGUUGCGUCAGGGCUACCUGGUCGGUGCAGGAUUGGGUGUGUUGCGAAUUUUGCAGAAACCUCUUUGCUCCUCUGGUAGGCAUUUGAAAACGUGGCUUGGGUGAGGCACAGGCGGCCCCCCCAACCCCCGGGUCCCAGGUGUUCUUUGAUUUUCCUUGGCAUCGAUGGAAAGGUCACCCGUUUCCCCCUUCCACCGGCACACACCUGGACACCACCCUUUGUUUCGCCGUCGCCCCGUAUGCCUCUGGUGACACACAUUAACACCAACUGCUGUGGGAUUGGCCGGUGCCACGCGUGGUCACAUGGUCCCCCCUCGGAUUCGCCUCUGUUCCUCAUUGCAGGUGUUCUGUAAAGCGUGGUUGACUCUCCGGAACCCCAGGGCUUUUACAAGCCGGGCAGGCCACUGCUCUUUCAAAGGAGGAGGGAGGCCGAGGGCUGAUGGAUGAGUGAAUUGGCAGCUGACACUCGGUCUUCAGACUUAUGGGAUCAUUCUGUGCUGCAGCGAGGCCCUGCCGGCCUGAACAGAUAGGAUGAGCCCAUCCUAUCUCACUCGGAGAGGGUCAAAACCCGAUCUCAACGGGAGACGGGAGAACACAGCAGGCGUCCUGAAGAUCCCCUUCCCUCGGUGGAAGUCGGCUCAAACAGGACCUGAGGACAAGACCCCUGGGGGUUUGGGCCUGAGACAGGACGAGACACCCGCGGCCCCGUAUCCCACGCCGCCCCAAAGAGGACCCAGGAUCCAGCCGCCGCCUCGGCAGCAGCAGGAGCAUCGCGGAAGCCGCGCGGCGGUGGCGAUAUUUAAAGGGGACCCAGCCUAUCUGUCAGGAGUGGAGCCCGAAUCGGCUCAGCCAAUGCGCAUGCGCGAGGAGCAAGCGGUUUCUCCUGUCACAGUGGUUCCCUCGGUUGUCUUAGAAACCAGGCCCUGAGGCUUGGCAGAGCAGGACCCCUCCGUGGCAUUGUUUGGGUGUCCAGGCUCUGAGCCUAAGGACUCACCUCUCCCCGGGUCGAAGGGAACGUCUCUGGAUGCCAGGAGUCGCAAUGGGCCGACCAUGAUGAUGAAACCCCAGGCGGAGACAGGGGAAGCAGCACGGGAUCCCAGCCUCAGGGCUUCACGGACGGUGUUGGUUGGGGUGAGUCUCCUCAAAAGUCAUGCCGCCCUCCGUGAUCUCGAGGACGGGUCGGCAUGCGUGCCCCUGGGCUGCUCUCUCACCCGAGGGCCAUUCUCCUCCAGAGCAGGACCCCGCAGCCUCAGGGGUUGCCUGGGGGUGUGUGUUUCAAUGCCUCUGCUGUAUGACUCUAUGUGUGUUUGUAUGUGUGUGUGCGUGUGUGUAUGUGUCUGUGUGUGUGUCUCCCAUUUUCUCUUCUCUCUCUGUCUCUCAGUCUAUGUGUUUCUUUCCCACUCUCUGUGGGUUUGUGCCAGCCGAAGUUGCGUCAGGGCUACCUGGUCGGUGCAGGAUUGGGUGUGUUGCGAAUUUUGCAGAAACCUCUUUGCUCCUCUGGUAGGCAUUUGAAAACGUGGCUUGGGUGAGGCACAGGCGGCCCCCCCAACCCCCGGGUCCCAGGUGUUCUUUGAUUUUCCUUGGCAUCGAUGGAAAGGUCACCCGUUUCCCCCUUCCACCGGCACAGACCUGGACACCACCCUUUGUUUCGCCGUCGCCCCGUAUGCCUCCGGUGACACACAUUAACACCAACUGCUGUGGGAUUGGCCAGUGCCACGCGUGGUCACAUGGUCUCCCCCUCGGAUUCGCCUCUGUACCUCAUUGCAGGUGUCCUGUAAAGCACGGUCGGCUCUCCGGAAUCCCAGGGCUUUUACAAGCCGGGCAGGCCACUGUUCUUGCAAAGGAGGAGGGAGGCAGAGGGCUGAUGGAUGAGUGAAUUUGCAGCUGACACUCGGUCUUGAGACUUAUGGGAUCAUUCUGUGCUGCAGCGAGGCCCUGCUGGCCUGACCAGAUGUGAUGAGCCCAUCCUAUCUCCCUCGGAGAGGGUCAAAAUCAGAUCUCCACGGGAGACCGGAGAACACAGCAGGCAUCCUGAAGAUCCCCCUCCCUCGGUGGAAGUCGGCUGAAGCAGGUCCUGAGGACAGGACCCCUGGGGGUUUGAGCCUGGGACAGGACGAGACACCCAUGGCCCCCUCUCCCACGCCGCCCCAAAAGGGACCCAGGAUCCAGCUGCCUCCUCGGCGGCGGCAGGAGCAUCGCGGAAGCCGCGCUGCGGUGGCGAUAUUUAAAGGGGACGCAGCCUAUCUGUCAGGAGUGGAGCGCCAGUCAGCUCAGCCAAUGCGCAUGCGUGAGGAGCGAGCGGUUUCUCCCGUCACUGUGGUUCCCUCGGUUGUCUUAGAAACCAGGCCCCGAAGCUUGGCAGAGCAGCACCCCUCCGUGGCAUUGCCUGGGUGUCCAGGCUCUGAGGCUAAGGCCUCACCUCUCCCCGGGUCGAAGGGUACGUCUCCAGAUGCCAGGAGUCGCAAUGGGCCGAUCAUGAUGAUGAAACCCCAGGCGGAGACGGGGGAAGCAGCACGGGAUCCCAGCCUCAGGCCUUCACGGACGGAGUUGGUUGGGGUGAGUCUCCCAAAAAGUCGUGCCGCUCUCCGUGAUCUCGAGGACGGGUCGGCAUGCGUGCCCCUGGGCUGCUCUCUCACCCGAGGGCCAUUCUCCUCCAGAGCAGGACCCCUCAGCCUCAGGGGUUGCCUGGGGCUGUGUGUUUCAAUGCCUCUGCUGUAUGACUCUAUGUGUGUUUGUGUGUGUGUGUGUGUGUGUGUGUAUGUGUCUGUGUGUGUGUCUCCCAUUUUCUCUUCUCUCUCUGUCUCUCAGUCUGUGUGUUUCUUUCCCACUCUCUGUGGGUUUGUGUCAGCCGAAGUUGCGUCAGGGCUACCUGGUCGGUGCAGGAUUGGGUGUGUUGCGAAUUUUGCAGAAACCUCUUUGCUCCUCUGUUAGGCAUUUGAAAAGGUGGCUUGGGUCAGGCACUGGCGGCCCCCCCAACCCCCGGGUCCCAGGUUUUCUUUGAUUUUCCUUGGCAUUGAUGGAAACGUCACCUGUUUACCCCCUUCCACCGGCACAUACCUGGACACCACCCUUUGUUUCGCCGUUGCCCCAUAUGCCUCCAGUGACACACAGUAACACCAACUGCUGUGGGAUUGGCCAGUGCCACGCGGGGUCACUUGGUCUCCCCCUCGGAUUCGCCUCUUUUCCUCUUUGCAGGUGUCCUGUAAAGCGCGGUCGGCUUUCCGGAACCCCAGGGAUUUUACAAGCCUGGCAGGCCACUGCUCUUUCAAAGGAGGAGGGAGGCAGAGGGCUCAUGGAUGAGUAAAGUUGCAGCUGACACUAGGCCUGCAGACCUAUGGGAUCAUUGUGUGCUGCAGGCAGGCCCUGCCGGCCUGACCAGAUGUGGUGAGCCCAUCCUAUCACACUCGCAGAGGGGCAAAAUCGGAUCUCAACCGGAGUCCAGAGAACACAGCAGGCGUCCUGAAGCUCCCUCUCCCUCGGUGGCAGUCGGCUCAAGCAGCUCCUGAGGACAGGACCCCUGGGGGUUUGGGCCUGGGAGAGGAGGAGACACCCGCGGCCCCCUCUCCCACGCUGCCCCAAACAGGAUCCAGGAUCCUACCGCCGCCUCGGCGGCAGGAGGAGCAUCGCGUCUGCCAUGUGGCGGUGGCGAUAUUUAAUGGGGACGCAGCCUAUCUGUGAGGAGUGGUGCGCGAGCCGGCUCAGGCAAUGCGCGGGCGCGAGGCCCGAGCACUUUCUCCCGUCACAGUGGUUCCCACGGUUGUCUUAGAAACCAGGCCCCAAGACUUGGCAGAGCAGGAGCCCUCCGUGGCAGUGCUUGGGUGUCGAGGCUCUGAGGCUAAGGCCUCACCUCUCCACGGGGUCGAAGGGAACGUCUCUGGAUGCCAGGAGUCGCAAAGGGCCGACCAUGAUGAUGAAACCCCAGGCGGAGACGGGGGAAGCAGCACGGGAUCCCAGCCUCAGGCCUGCACGGACGGUGUUUGUUGGGGUGUCCUGUAAAGCGAGGUCGGCUUUCCGGAACCCCAGGGAUUUUACAAGCCUGGCAGGCCACUGCUCUCUCAAAGGAGGAGAGAGGCAGAGGGCUGAUGGAUGAGUGAAGUUGCAGCUGACACUAGGCCUGCAGACCUAUGGGAUCACUGUGUGCUGCAGCCAGGCCCUGCCGGCCUGACAAGAUGUGGUGAGCCCAUCCUAUCUCACUCCCAGAGGGCCAAAAUCGGAUCUCAACCGGAGUCCGGAGAUGACAGCAGGCAUCCUGGAGCUCCCCGUCCCUCGGUGAAAGUCGGCUCGAGCAACUCCUGGGGACAGGACCCCUGGGGGUUUGGGCCUGGGAGAGGACGAGACACCCGCGGCCCCCUCUCCCAUGCCACCCCAAACAGGACCCAGGAUCCAGUCGCCCCCGCGGCGGCAGCAGGAGCAUCAUGGCCACCGCGCGGCGGUGGCGAUAUUUAAAGGGGACGCAGCCUAUCUGUCUGGAGUGGAGCGCGAGCCAGCUCAACCAAUGCGCAUGUGCGAGGCACGAGCGGUUUCUCCCUUCAGAGUGGUUCCCACGGUUAUCUGAGAAACCUGUCCCGGAGGCUUGGCAGAGCAGGAGCCCUCCGUGGCAGUGCUUGGAUGGCGAGGCUCUGAGGCUCUGGUCUCACCUCUCCAAGGGAUCGAACGGAAAGUCUCCGGAUGCCAGGAGUCGCAAAGGGCCGACCAUGAUGAUGAAACCCCAGGCGGAGACUGGGGAAGCAGCAAGGGAUCGCAGCCUCAGGCCUGCACGGACGCUGUUGGUUGGGCCGCGGAUCCCCUUUGGGUGUUUGAAAGCCUGGCCCAUGUGAGGAGAUGUUUCAGUUUCGGAGCAAUUGAAUUCUCAUCCCCAUCCUGAGCGGCCUCUUUUCUGGGAUCAAACGAAAACACUGCAGACAAGGAGAGGAAUCCCACAGGUUCUCUUUGUCCUAUAGGAGAGCAGCAGACCCACGUCAGAGAAGAUGCUUGAGUCUUUUCACGGCUCUUCUCUGAGAAAUGAAGCCACACCAUGAUACAGUCAGCAAGAGGAAGCCGGGAUUGAGAGAUGGCAACAAUCCCUGUCCCUGGAACGCUGGCCUCCCUGGACAAGCCACCCUUUUGGAACACCACCCCUUAUGCCCAUUGCGGUGACACGGUGCUGUAUCCUGCCUGGGCUCCGGCCUCUGCUCUGUCUUCCGUCUUGCUCUGCCUCCCUUGUUUCUCAGGGGCCUGGAUCCCUCUCGCUCUGACCAAAUGCCUUCAACAAAGAUGACUUCCCUCUCCGUCAGGGAGACAUUUCUUCGAGAUCCGUGUCGUGAUUGUUUCUCUCUCCAAACGUGUUUAUGCUUGAUUGGGCUGGUCUCAUGACCCGGGAACUCUUGGCUUCCCUAGAUGUCUCAGGCAGGGAAGCUUCCUUCUUCUCCAUGUUUCCCCUCAUGGGUGGUCGGAUUGCCUAGAAUGAGCGCUAGGCGACCCUGACUGGCCUUGUCUUCCAGGACAGGUGGUGACGCAUUUCCUCUGCACUUACUGUCUCAUUCUUUAGUUACAUCCUCUCCUCUGCUCCUGGGUGGACUGAUCCCCUUGAUCAUCUGGCAGAAAAGAAUGUCAGCGAACCCAAGGGACUGGUCUAGGUUUGGGGGCUGGUGCUGGGGCUCGGUGCAGCCAAAGUUGCUUCAGGGCUGCCAGGGCCUUGGAGGGUUUGGGGUGGGGCGAAUUUUGCAGAAACCUCUUUACUCCUCUGGUAGGCAUUUGAAAACAUGGCUUCGGUCUGGCACAGCCACCCCCCCCCCAAACCCCGCGUGUCCCACGUGUUUUUCGAUUUUCCUUUGCAUUGAUGGAAAGGUCACCCAUUUCUCCCUUCCACCCGCACAUUCCUGGACACCACGCUUUUUUUCGCCAUCUCCCCGUAUGCCUCCAGUGACACACAUUAACACCAACUGCUGUGGGAUAGGCCAGUGCCACGUGUAGUCACAUGGUCUCCACCUCGGAUUUGCCCCUGUUCCUCUUUGCAGGUGUCCUGUAAAGCGCUGUCGGCUUUCCGGAGCCCCAGCGCUUUUAGAAGCAGGGCAGGCCACUGCUCUUUCAAAGGAGCAGGGCAUUGUCAAACACACCCCCCAAGCAAUCCCUGAGGCUGUGAUGUUCUGUUCUCUACGAGAACGACCCUCGGGGGAGAGAGCAGCCCAGGGGCACGCAGGCCGACCUGUCCUAGAGAUCACUGAUGGAGACACGACUUUUGGGGAGACUCACCCCAACAAACACCGUCCGGGCAGGCCUUAGGCUGGGAUCCCGUGCUGCUUCCCCCAUCUCCGCUGGGCUUUCCUCAUGGUAGUCGGCCCUUUGCGACUCCUGGCGUCUGGGGACAUUCCCGUCGACCCCGUGAAGAGUUUAGGCCGGAGCCUCAGAGCCCCAAAACCCAAGCACUGCCACGGAGGGCUCCUUCUUUGCCAAGUCUCGGGGCCUGGUUUCUAAGACAACCAUGGGAAGCACUGUGACUGGAGAAGCCGCUCCCGCCUCGCGCAUGCGCAUUGGCUGAGCGGACUCGCGCUCAGCUCCUGGUAGUCAGGCUGGGUCCCCUUUAAAUACUGCCAGCUCUGAGCGCGGCAGCAGCGAGGCUCCUGCUACCCCAGCGGCGGUGGCUAUAUCCGGGGUCCAGUUUGGGGCGGUGUGGGAGAG